AUGAGUCCCGUUCAUCCUCGACUGUCUGUCGUUGCUCUCUUGUGCGAAAGUUUUUUUUGUGGUGCGUCUAAUUUCUCGCGUGCUCACUGUCCUCUUCGGGAUCUCGGUGUACGUGGUUCUAAGGCCACGGUCAAGGACCACCUAUGUCUUGUUAGGGGCGAACAUCGUCCUCUAUGCCGUUGCUGUACACCAUUGGAUAUCAAGCUCGGUGACCAUCCUGGGCGAUGUCGCGAAGGGGAAGGCUCACAGGCUCAUCGCCUCGUUGUCUCCUAUUAUCAAUGUACGCACGUUACGACCGUUUCUACAACGACAAACUCACGCUGCAAUGAAAGCAUAUCAUCAGCGAUUCAAUCCUGUUGUGGCGAGCGUGGUUGA